CUUUUCUUCAGCGCGGAAGUAUUUGGCUUCUCGUCGUAGCACGAAAUGGACUGUCUUUCUACCACACUCUGCACCUGGAGAGGACGAACGAAGGGCUCUAUCUCCCGGCCUCCCUUCAACGGGGCAGGAAUUUGAAAGCUUGACGCUCAGUUUAGAUCGUUCGUGUCUGCAGCCGAUUCCUGCUUUGCGCGAUUACAUUAUCAUUGAAUAGUCACUGGAGCGUGGGAUUCCAAAUGGAGCUUGGGCCGUGAUGGUGAGCAGGAGAACCUUCCUUGCUGUAUCGGAUUCCACUGGCUUAUCCAAUACUCGAGCAGACAUGUCUGCUAAAAGAUGGUGGCUUGCCGCGCUGCUUUACCAUGCUUCUUCAGCGUUAUACCCGUCAGCUACAUGCGCUGUGUGGAGCGAAUGGCGAGACAGUGCGAAUUUCUCUUUACGCCGGCUCGGUGGGAUUGAGGACCGUCUGCUCCAGUGGCCGCUGCAUCGGCUCAUACGGUUUUCGUUCUUUGAUGCGAGGAGAGAUGUCCGCUAAUGGGCAACGUGCAAAUACGUUAGGUGGUAGUCGGGCAGAUCACGGUACAACCGUUGUUAGGACCCUGCGAGGCUCUAGGCUGUGGAACAGAUCCCGUGGGUGCAAAUGCCGGACCGCACUGAAGAUUGUGGGCAGGCACGAUAGGGCACCCCUAGUCUUUUUCCGCUUCUUAUUUCAGCUCCUUGUCCACGCUUUUAUUGCUUUCAUCCCAGGGGUCCCAUCCAAGUGUCUCCUUUCGCGCCAGAACCCCUUUCUUCCGUACUCCUCGUUAUUCUCGCUCAUGGUGCCCUGACACGCG